CCAUGUUUAAACCUGUUCACCUUGUCUGCUGCAACACCUUGAAGCAGUCUACACUCCACUGAAUCACAAACUUAACUGGAUCAUAUUAUAUAGAUAUUUUGUAUCAUCAGGUAUCAUGUCUAUCGUGGUGUAUUUCAGCAGCGUGAGCGGAUCCAGAGAGCUAAAGCAACAGCAGAGCCAGAUCUUCUCCUUCCUGGACUCUAAGAAGAUCAAGUACCAGGCGGUGGACAUCACCCAGGGGUCAGAGAUCAAAGAGGAGAUGAGGAAGAAGACAGGAAACCCUUUCGCUCUGCCACCACAGGUCUUCAACAAGGACGUCUACUGCGGGGACUUCUCUGUGUUUUAUGAGGCGGUGGAGACUGGAAAAGCAGAGGCCUUCUUUAAGCUGUAACAGACAGAGGAAGAUCACCUGCCAGAAGACUCUCCCCUCCACUUCAGAAAGUAUUCACACCCCAUGAGUUAUUCCCCAUUGUGUUGUGUUACAGCAUGAAUUCAAAAUGGAUUGAAAAUGUUUGCAAAUUUAUUGAAAAUGUAAUACAGAAAUAUCUCAUUUACAUAUGUAUUCACACCCCUGAGUCAAUACAUGUUAGAAUCACCUUAGGCAGCGAGUACAGCUCUCCCUGGAUGUCUCUAAGAGCUCUGAGUCUCCCUGGAUGUCUCUAAGAGCUCUGAGUCUCCCUGGAUGUCUCUAAGAGCUCUGAGUCUCCCUGGAUGUCUCUAAGAGCUCUGAGUCUCCCUGGAUGUCUCUAAGAGCUCUGAGUCUCCUGGAUGUCUCUAAGAGCUCUGAGUCUCCCUGGAUGUCUCUAAGAGCUCUGAGUCUCCCUGGAUGUCUCUAAGAGCUCUGAGUCUCCCUGGAUGUCUCUAAGAGCUCUGAGUCUCCCUGGAUGUCUCUAAGAGCUCUGAGUCUCCCUGGAUGU